AUGCAGACGGCCCACGGAGCAAUUCCCUUUCUCUUGCAGUCGGCGAUGAGCGAGACGCAAUGCGUCUACGUCGGCGCUGGUCCUUUUGAUCCGCCGCGCCUCGUCGACAUGACAGCAGUCGAAGGCUCACAAGGAGAGUGGCUCUUUGACGGCAAGCGGCUGCGUCCGAAAAUCCUGGCCACGCACGCCAUUUACUUGGACGCAGUUCGCCUUGGGUCGCAACCGGCGCAAGAGUGGUGCUGGACAGGCAAGCUCUUCAUCUCGGUCUUGUUCCCGACCGCGUGCAUCCAACUGAACGUGGUCACGUCGCCGUUGCCUGCGUCGACGCGCUGCGUUCUCGGCGACGUUCGCGCUGGCAAAUACCCGCCGCAGGAGUGGACCAUGGUGUUUCUCAUCCAAGACACUGUUGUGACGCCGAAGACAGGAAUCGUCCCGCUCACCUCUCUCUCGACGAUGCAAGUGUAUCAGCUGCUCUCGGCCCUCGAGUUUGACCAGUACAAACAGCGCCUUUGGAAGGCCAGUAUCAACGGCCACGCGCUCGCGUGCUGUGCCACUGUCGACGAACUCGUUGAGCUCGGUAUUGACCUCAAGCUCAAGGCACGCUCGCUCUGGCAGUCGCUGCAAUCGUUCCAGGCCGCUGGCGUGCCUGUCGCUCUCUUUGAGCACGCCCCGCGGCCCAAGUGUGCGUACCGCUUCCAGUCGGUCAAGCACCCGGCGCUGUGCUUGCAGCUGCAGAGCGGCACCGGCGCGAGCCGCAACGGCGACCGGUGCAUUUUGGGCACGACCAAGGCGACGCUCUUUCCAGCCCAAGCGUGGAUCUUUGAGGGCAAGUUGAUCUACUCGGCCAAGGACAAGGCUAAGUGCAUUCACCUGAACGAGCACGGGAAGACGUUCAACGGCGACAUUUGCCACCUCUGGGAGGUCGAGCGCAAGAAGCCGUGGGCUAACCAGGAGUGGCUCUUUGACGGCAAACUCAUCCGGUCGGUCAAGGACCCGACCAAGUGCAUCCGCCUCCAGAGCGGCGACAAGCCGCAUGUGGGUGCCGGAGACUUUUGCCACUUGUGGGACAUUGUCUACGAUGGCCCGUUUCCCGCCCAGGAGUGGACGCUCGUGCGCGACGAGCACGUCCGUGUCGACUGA